AUGCCGCAGAGACAGGCCAAGCGCCAGUAUGAAAUAUUAUGGGAAAGGGAGGCUGAUCUACCAGAGAGGAUAGCUACGGCAUGGGGGGAAGCGGGGCAGAAAAAUGACUUGGCUGAUAUUAUGCAGGGCCUAGACCGGGUGAUGUCUACCUUACAGACAUGGAGCAAACGUAAAUUUGGUAACAUUUUGAAGGAGUUGGACAAAUCAAGGAAACAACUAGAGGCUUUGAAGAUCGCAAAUGCAGACCAACGUGAAAUACGCCAAGCUACAGACCGGAUGAACGAGCUCUUAUAUAAAGAAGAGAUGCUCUGGCUCCAACGCUCUCGAAUAACCUGGUUAAAGGAGGGAGAUAGGAACACAAAAUUUUUCCACCAGAAGGCGGUCUGGCGGGCACGUAGAAACAAAAUCAAACGACUAAAGGACAGUGAGGGCGUUUGGAAAGAAGCUCCGUCCGACAUGGAAAGGAUGGCUACCUCAUAUUUUAAGGAGUUGUUCACUCGCGACCCCUCGCUAAAUUCGGAUAAUCUGAUUGCCUUAACCAAAGAAACGGUGACUAAUGAAAUGAAUGAUUUCUUGUGCAGAGACUUCACGGAUGAAGAGAUAGGCGACACCUUAUUCCAAAUAGGCCCUCUGAAAGCUCCAGGGGUAGAUGGAUUCCCGGCCAGAUUUUACCAACGGAAUUGGGCCACUAUAAAGGAACAGGUCAUAAACGCUGUUAAGUUAUUUUUUGCCACUGGACAUAUGCCGGAGGGUGUCAAUGAUACUGCUAUCAUUUUAAUUCCGAAGAAUGAUCAGCCGGAAACAUUGAAGGAUUUCCGGCCAAUAAGCCUCUGCACAGUUAUAUAUAAGGUUAUUGCGAAAUGCAUGGUUAACAGGAUGCGGCCAAUACUGGGAGAUAUUGUCUCUACUAAUCAAAGCGCCUUUGUUCCAGGGAGAUUGAUCACUGAUAAUGCACUGGUGGCCUUCGAAUGCCUGCACUAUAUUGAGCAUAAUACAAAUAUGAAUAAAGAUUUUUGUGCUUACAAGUUGGACCUGUCCAAAGCUUAUGACAGGGUGGAUUGGGACUUUCUGAAGAAAGUGAUGCAAAGGAUGGGUUUCUCUCGCCGAUGGGUGGAUUUGAUAAUGUCGUGUGUCACCUCGGUGAGUUAUAAGGUAAAAUUUAACGGGAACCUCCUGGAUUCAUUUUCUCCUUCUCGGGGCCUCCGACAAGGUGAUCCUCUCUCUCCAUUCCUCUUUCUAUUUGUUGCGGACGGUCUAUCAACACUUCUACAAAACGCAGUUGAUAAUAAGGUCAUUGAUCCGGUUAAAGUGUGCCGUAGGGCGCCAGGCGUGUCCCACCUUUUAUUUGCAGACGAUAGUCUACUCUUCUUCAAAGCACAGGGGAUACAGGCACAAAGCAUUCUCCAAAUUCUGAAUGUCUACGCCUCUAGUACGGGACAGCUCAUCAACCCCGCAAAAUGCUCGAUAAUGUUUGGAAGUGCCUGUCCUUCUGAUCGGCGGGCUGAAAUAAAGCAAGUGCUCGGAAUACAGCAGAAGACGUUUGAAGCAAAAUAUUUGGGGCUGCCAACGCCUGAUGGGAGGAUGAGCAAGGAUAAAUUUGAGAGUCUGCAGGCGAAGUUAGCCAGAUGUUUAGUAGAGUGGGAUGAUAAUCAUAAAUCACAAGCUGCUAAAGAAGUCCUUAUUAAAUCCAUAGCACAGUCCAUUCCAGUGUAUGUGAUGAGCGUUUUUAAACUCCCCCUUGGGCUAUGUGAUGAGCUCACUAAGAUGAUAAGGCGCUACUGGUGGGGAGCGGAAAAUGGGAAGCGGAAGACACACUGGAUUUCUUGGGACAUUAUGAUGCGACCAAAGAAUUAUGGGGGAAUUGGGUUCAGAGACAUGCGCCUCUUUAACCAAGCUUUGCUGGCUCGACAAGCUUGGCGUUUACUACAGUUUCCUGAUACCUUAUGUGCACAAAUUUUAAAAGCUAAGUACUAUCCUAAUGGUGUUUUAUUGGACACGGUGUUUUCAGGGAAUGGAUCUUCGACAUGGCAUGCAAUUGAGUAUGGUCUGGAGCUGCUCAAACAGGGGGUCAUAUGGCGAGUUGGGAAUGGAGCACACAUCAGAGCCUGGAGGGACCCAUGGAUCCCAAGAGAAGGACGUCACCAGCCACGCUCAAAACAAGGAAGAUGUCGGUACCGGUGGGUGGCAGAUUUCCUGUUGGCAGAUGGAUCAUGGAAUAUGGAGCGUCUGGAACAAUAUUUUACCCAGGAUGAUAUCCAGGACAUUAUACGCAUCAAACCAUCAAGAAGGAAUGAAGAGGACUUUGUGGCUUGGUUCCCAGAGAAGAACGGGCUGUUCACAGUUAAAAGUGCAUAUCGGUUUGCGCUUCACAGAAGUAUGAUGCAGCAGGAUCGAGGCGCCACAAGCUCUCGACCGGACGGGGCUAGCACAAGUUGGAAACUGAUUUGGAAAUGCCCAGUCCCGCCUAAAGUCCGCACUCUGGCUUGGAAAAUCUGUCGGAAUGCUAUAGCAAGUCAAGCUAAUAUGAAGCGCAGGGGUAUGGCAACUAUGGCGGUGUGCCAAAUUUGUGGCCGAGAGGACGAGGAUUCCAUCCACAUUUUCCUUCGAUGCCCGCAUGCACAAGGUCUAUGGCGAGCAAUGUCGGAGGAAUGGAACCUCCCGAAUAUUGAGGUGCUACGCCCGGAGGGACAGAACUGGCUGAUGAAUCUACUCCACGCCUGCUCGGAAGAUCAGCGGGUGAAAACCCUUAUGACACUGUGGCGGAUAUGGCAUGCGCAUAACGAGCUCACGCACGAUAAACCCUGCCCACCCAUCGAAGGCUCGAGGAGGUUUCUAGUAAGCUACCUUGACUCCCUCUUAUUAAUCAAACAGGCCCCAGAUGCGGAUAUAGUAAAGGGGAAGAUGGUGAUAGAUCAACAGCGGGGCUUUCAGAGGGACUCCCGGACUGAAAACAGGCGUCAGGAAGCGAAACAGAGAUGGCUGCCACCGCCAAGCGGCCACGCCAAGUUGAAUGUCGACGGAGCUUACUCGGCUGAUGGAAGGGCGGGCAUAGGUAUGGUACUGCGGGACUGUCAAGGAAAGGUCGUCUUCACGGCGUGCCGACAAGUGCUGAACUGCCAGGACGCCCUAGAGGCUGAACUUCUGGCGAUCGAGGAGGGUGCCAAGCUCGCUCUACUCUGGACUCCAAUGAACUUCAUAGUAGAAUCGGACUGUUUAGAAGGUAUCAACUGGAUUAAGCAGAUCUCUCCAAAUGGCUCUGCCCAUGCUUUUCGGAUCAAUGCUAUUCGUGAUCUGUUAAGGGAAAAAGAAAACAAGCUAGUUAAGAUUAGUAGGGAUGCAAACACUGCAAGCCAUGUGCUUGCCCAGUUAGGUCGGGUUCAGGGGAAAACAGAGAUGUCUCUGGGAGCUCCCCUGCCAGAAAUAGCUGAUAUCAUUGUAACUGAUUGUAACCCUGCUGUUUAA